AUGAGGAUGAUUUGCAGCACAUCUAAGAGUUUUCCUCAAGUUAGAAACCUUUGUUUGCAAUACUCAGUGGUCAAGCCGGAUUGGAUAACUACUGUAAGAGGUGUCAUGAUGUCCAAGUAUAAUCAUCACAUAACAUGUCUGGAGCUGGAGCGAGCAAGAAUAGAUGCAUCUGAUCUCAGAGACUCUGUCAAAGAACUAAAAGGCUUGAAAAAAUUUAGUUAUGGGAAUGACCAAAUUCAUGGUUUGCCAUCUACUCAGCAACUUCAUUUAAAUUCCAAGUCUCUUAUGGAAGUGGAGCUUUUUCAGGUUGGAGAUUUUGCAGAGUACGAUUUUGUAUUUCCUAAACUGAAGAAGCUGACACUAAAUGGUUGUACUUCUGUGUGUAAACUGGGCAUUGAUGCAUCUGCACUGAGGUGUCUUUAUCUACUGCUGUGUGUUGAGGUUCGCAAACUCAACAGAAUCACUGCUAACUCUCUGCAUGAGUUAAAACUAAGGAGAUGCAAUGCUCUUAUUCCAGCAGAACUGAUUAGUCUUUUGGUUAGAAACCCAGACAUCAAAUCAUUAGAGCUUGAAGUGUACUGGUCAAGUUUAAGACUAGAUCAGCACUCGACUCCAUCAUUGGAAAAUAUCAAAAUAUUUGACAAUGGUGAACGCUUGACCUCAGUUGACAUCCGCUGUCCCAAACUGCAGCAUCUUAUGAUUAAAAAGUCAAUGACUCGUUCCACUAUUUUAAAAGCUGUUUCAAUAUCAUCAUUUGAUGUCAAGAAGAUUGUAGUCAGUGAUGUACCUAACCUUCGGAAAAUCACCAUUGAAGCUGACCGAGUCGCAUACCUUGAACUGAACUUUGAAAGAAGGCUAGAUCAUGUCAAACCUACUGAAUAUACAAAGUUAAGUUUCAGAAGUAGGAUGUGUCAGUUGAAAAUCAAGCAUCUUGUUAUCAAGAAGUGUAAUUUGAAAGCUCUAGUUGUUUCUUUGUGCAAUGUUCAGCACAUAUCCCUGGAAUACUGUAACCUUGACUGCCCUGUUGGUGAUUUGAUUCAAAACUGUGGUAUGGUGGAAUCACUGACUUUGAAGAACUGCUACGGGCCUUGUCAGUUGAACUUAAACAGUGAGCAUCUCAAAGAACUCCAUGUUGUUUCCUGUACAUCACUGCUUAUGGAUCACAUCAAUCUGGCUUGUCCAUCUCUGGUAGUACUCAAUGUGUCAGGACUGUCAUUCUUGCCAAGCCAGGAAGAAGUACAUUUUAUUGCUAGCAAUGUUAGGGAACUGUCUCCAUUUCUUGGAUCUAUUAAAUUCUCUCAUUAG